AAGAGAGUUUCUUUAUCAUCUGAAAAUGUAAAUAACCUUGUGUGUCUUAGCAACUGGCUUGGUGCAGAGGAGUAAAUAGGUUACACACCUAAAAUAUAUCUGUCCAAUCUGGUGGGAAGAAAAAUCUGGACCACUGACCUGUGAGGAACCAGAGUGUUUACUAGACGUGAGGAUGAGAUGCAUCACUGAUUCCCUGAGGAUGGAGCACGACAGGAGUCAGAUGUCUGAGAGGAUCCUAAAUCUCACCCUGGAGAUCAUCUACCUGCUGACUGGGGAGGAUUACACCAUAGUGAGGAAGAUAUCUGUUGAGUGUGAAAUACCAAGCAGCAGUCCUAUUGUGUCAGGAGGACUGAGCAGGAUCCAGAGCCCCAUCACGGUGCCUCCACCUCACUCACUGAUACAUGAGAGAGACAAUGACCAGAAGAUCCUGGAACUCACCAACAAGAUCAUUCAGCUGCUGACUGGAGAGGAGGGGAAGUAUAUAGAGGAUCACAGGGGUCUGUACAAGGACGUGAUGAUGGAGAAUCACCGGCCCCUCACAUCACUGGAUGGGCCCAGCAACAGAGAUACCCCAGAGAGAUGUCCCCGUCCUCUGUAUUCCCAGGAUUGUACAGAGGAGAAUCACAGGAUCCCACAGGAGGAUCAGGGUGAAGAUCUGACUAAUAUAAAGGGAGAAGAAGAGACGUAUGUGACUGAUAUGAAGGCAGAAGAUACAGAGAGAGAAGAAGAGACAUAUGUGACUGAUAUGAAGGCAGAAGAUACAGAGAGAGAAGAAGAGACGUAUGUGACUGAUAUGAAGGCACAAGAUAUAGAGGGAGAAGAAGAGACGUAUGUGGCUGAUAUGAAGGCAGAAGAUAUAGAGGGAGAAGAAGAGACAUAUGUGACUGAUAUGAAGGCAGAAGAUACAGAGGGAGAAGAAGUGACAUAUGUGUGUCGAAGUCAGAAAAAUGUCUCUAUGCACGAUGCCAUAUUUGCACCGCACACUGGUCCGUGCUGCGCGUGCGUGCGCUCUCCCGUGGAAGCGCAUACCCGCAAUAGCGUGUACUCGCAGGCGCGGUAUGCGUAUUUACGGUAGAGUUUCACGUAAUCGUAGCGUGCGACUCAUUCGUUACAAAUGUUCACAAUUAAUGUAGUUUAUAGAUCAUGGUCCCUUUGGUAGUUUCUGAAAGUUUAGUUAAUAUAGAAGGUCCCUGAGCUGAGGAGUCCCUCUUUGCAUCGUACGAAGGGUCUAACAGGAAUCAUACAGCAGUGUUUGGUACCCAUCGGAAGAGUAUUUAAUUAGCAAUAUUCCGGUGUUGGUUUGGAGCGUAUUAAUCGCUCGUGCGAAUAGUUAUGGACAUAAGAAGUUUAUGUCCAUUUCUAUGAUUUACACAUACUCAGGUAUGCGGCGGGAAACCCAGUUUCCCACCCACCUGAGCUGUUGGAAAUCGUCACAGCCCACCUGUAUGAAUCACCCUAUGACCUUUUGCUAUGAUGUAGGGCCGAAUUCCUUCGGCCAAUGAACAAUGGGAUUGUAGGGACUAUGAGAUUGCAUUGUGUGUGGGGCAUAAAUAGGCAGGCCGACCAUAUCCAAAGUCACUCUCUCAUCAACGGUUAUCUGCUGAUAAUCGGGAGCUGGAUAUCGAGGCGCAGGCGAUCAUACCCUUUGUGCGUAAGUUUUCUCUCCGUAUUCAUUGUCUUUCUGUGAGCCAAUUUCUCUCUCUCUCUCUCCAUCUCUCUCUCUCUUCUUUACUCUUAUAUCUCUCAUAGUAUUAUAGCAUUGUAUUGUAUAGCAUUUAGGUUAGUAUAGUAUUGUCUUUUUGUAUUUAUUGUUUAGUUCUGUGGUUAGGAAGUCUUUGUUAUAUUGUAGUGUAUCAUAUGUACU